AGCACCACGCACGCCCACCAACGAUUCAGCGACAUUCUUCCAGAGGUGGAGCCCACUCUUUCCGCGACAAUGCAGAUGGUCGGUCGGUUUCUGUUGCUGCUCGGCGCUGCCCAGGCCGCGAGCGUAGCUGCACCCAUCGGCAAGGUGCUCGAACUCAUGUCGAAGAUGGAGGCGACGAUCGUCAAGGAGACCGAGGAGGCCGCCAAGCUCAAGGCGGAGAAGGACAACUGGUGCAAGGAUACGGCAGUUAAUCUUGGCUUUGAGAUCCAGACUGGGACAAACGAUGUUGCCGAACUGGAGGCCAAGAUCGCGAAGGAGACCGCCGCCAUCAACUCCCUCACGGAGAAGGUCGAGGAGCUCGCAGGCCAGAUCGCGAAGGACGAAAAAGAUCUCGCGGCUGCUGUCAAAAUUCGCGCCGAGGAGGUAGGUGACUUCGAGGAAGAAGAGAAGGAGCUGGUGGCAACAAUCGACACGCUGCAGCGCGCCAUCGGCGUGCUGGAGAGGGAGCUGGCCAAGUCGGGCGGCGCCGCCCUGGUGCAGGUCCAGAGCGCUGGCUCCGUGGUGCAGGCGCUCGAGGUGAUGGUGAAGGCGGCCAUGUUCAGCCAGGUGGACGCCUCGAGGCUCACCGCCUUCGUGCAGAGCACGCACCAGUCUGGCGACGGCGACGCCGGCGCUCCUGACGCGGCCGUGUACGAGAGCAAGUCCGGCAGCAUCGUCGACGUGCUCGAGGACUUGCUGGACAAGGCGCAGUCCUCGCUGUCGGACGCCCGCGCGAAGGAGGGCAAGGCCCAGCACGCGUUCGAGCUCCUCAAGCAGUCCCUCAACGACAGCAUCGCUUUCGGCACCAAGGACAUGGAGGCGGCGAAGACGUCGAUGGCCAAGGCCAGAGAGACCAAGUCCGCGGCGGAGGGUUCGUUGGCUGACGUGUCGAAGGACCUCGCCGAGGACAAGGCGAUGCUCGAGGACGUCAAGAAAGACUGCGCCUCCUACGUGGAGGAGUACGACGCCUCGGCGAAGAGCAGGGCCGAGGAGCUUGCGGCGGUCAGAAAGGCCAAGGCGAUCAUCGAGGAGACCACCGAGGGCGCCGCGGCCAUCGCUCUGUCGCAGACUUCCGCGCCGUCCUUCCUGCAGGUGCGCCGCGUCCGCAGCGCUGCCCACGACCCCGCGGGCGCCGUCCGCUUCGUGCGCGAGCUGGCGCGCAGCAGGAGGUCCCCGGCGCUGGCGCAGCUCGUCUCGCACCUGGCCUCGGCGGUGCGCCUGGGGGCGCGGGACGGCGAGGACCCGUUCGAGAAGGUCUCGGGGCUGAUCAAGGAGAUGAUCGCGAAGCUGGAGAAGGAGGGCUCCGAGGAUGCCGAGCAGAAGGCGUACUGCGACAAGGAGAUGAAGGACGCAGAGGCGAAGAAGGCGGAGAAGAGCGACACGGUCAGUGUGCUGACCACCAAGAUCGACCAGAUGGCUGCCAAUUCUGCCAAGCUGAAGGACAGCGUUGUCACUCUCGAGAAGGAGCUGGCCGAGCUGGCAUCAACACAGUCUGCGAUGGACAAGAUGCGCAAGGAAGAGGGCGAUCUGUUCGCGGAACAGGACAAGUCUCUCAAGGAAGGCAUCACAGGUGUCGAGGCCGCCUUGAAGAUCCUCAAGGAGUAUCGAACGGAGGACACGGCCCAUGACGCGAAGGACGGUGCGGCUGGUGGUAUUAUCCGGCUGCCUGCGGUAUGCCUCUCUGAUUUCACCAAGAGCCUGGCCGACAUCACUGCCGCCGAGGACAGCGCGCAGUCCGAUUACGAGGCUACGACUCAGGACAACAAGGAAGUAAAGGUCGCGAAGGAGCAGUCGGUCAAGUACCAGACCAAGGAGGCCGCGGAGCUAGACAAAGCGAUAUCUGAGGCCUCGGCGGAGCGGGCCACCACACAGUCCGAGCUGGAUGCUGUGCUCGAGUAUCUCGAGAAGCUCGAGGACAUGUGCAUCGCCAAGCCCGAGACCUACGCGGCGAGGGCCGAACGCAGGACUGCUGAAAUUGAGGGGCUCAGGAAGGCCCUGGAGAUUCUCGGUUGAGUGCGGAGGGCACUCUGCCUCCUUGUAGUGGAAGCCAGCGAUGAGGACGGCUAGGUUUCGUUUGACACCCCAGGCUCGACGUAUCGCGUCGUGACGGCCCUCUCUCGCAUGCCAGUCCAAGGAUAUGAUUCUGGGCUUGUUUGUCCAAAGCUGCGAUGCCGCCAUCCCUCAUGGCACUGCGUUGUAUUGCAGUACCAGUGGGGGCACUCCAUUCUGAUCGUUCUCUUC